CGCCAGCCUGCCUUUGACACCUUUGAUGGCUCCCUGCUCGCUGCUUUCCCCUCCCUCAAUGAAGAGCAAACACUCCAGGAAGUGCCGACAGGCUUGGAUUCAAUUGCUCAUGGCUCCGGACGCGCAGGCUGAGCGGGGCCAUGGCUCACGGGCCCAGCCGCUCCGCGGCAUGUGGGAUCAUCCCGGACUGGGGCAUGAUCCCGUGUCCCCUGCAUCGGCAGGCGGACUCUCAACCACUGCGCCACCAGGGAAGCCCGUUGUUUACUCUUUUUAAGGGAAUAGCACGUCAAGUAAUGCCUCUGAGAUUACUGUGAUAGAGUUAUUAGUUGGAAACGUUCCAGAAAUUACUUUGUCAUAUGAAGUAGGUGCUAGAAAAUACAGCCCAGAAAAUUAAUUAAAACACACACACUUGCGUAAGCGUGCCAUCAUGUGACGGUCAUUUAUCAUUCUUGAAAUUGCCGAGGGAAUCCAGAGAAGGCUGUGUUUCAAUAAAAAUUGACGUCACGGGUGCUAAGUGCUGUGUGUUCCUGUUAUAUCUGAUGUUCCUUUGCUGCCGCUUAGUUAAAUGGAAGUCGCUUCCAAAUUAGCCAUUUACAACCCCUUAAGGCUUUUGGCCAAAAACCUUGCAACUUCUUUCAUUGUCGAAAAUUAAGAAUAGUCUUAAAUAGAACCGUUAUCUAGGCGUCACUGCUCUAUGAAGUUUGGCAAAAAAUCAAACUUGUUUUAUUUUAGUUUUUUUAAAAUAAGUGUAGUUAUGAGAUGUAUGAUAUUUUCUCCAUUGCAGUCAAAAACACAGUUUUUGUUAAUAUUUACACUCAUCUAAGGAAUGAUGUGGAAGAUUUGAGAUCAGAAUUGUUCUUCCCUAGAAGCUAAGACUCCCCCCCACCCCCAAUUCUCCCUGUGUUGCUGCCAGCUUGAACUCCUAACAUCCCCGUGGGGUUUCUUUUCCAGACUCGACCAACUGUGAGUUGCCUCUGUUGACCCCAUGCAGCAAGGCUGUGAUGAGUCAAGCCUUAAAAGCUACCUUCAGUGGCUUCAAAAAGGAGCAGCGCCGCCUUGGCAUCCCGAAGAAUCCCUGGCUGUGGACUGAGCAACAGGUGUGCCAGUGGCUUCUCUGGGCCACGAACGAGUUCAGUCUGGUGGACGUCAACCUCCAGAGGUUCGGCAUGACUGGCCAGGUGUUGUGUAACCUUGGCAAGGAGCGCUUUCUGGAGCUGGCGCCUGACUUUGUGGGUGACAUUCUCUGGGAACACCUGGAGCAGAUGAUCAAAGAAAACCAAGAAAAGACAGAAGAUCAGUAUGAAGAAAUUUCACACCUCAACUCAGUUCCUCAUUGGAUUAAUAGCAAUUCGUUAGGUUUUGGCGUGGAGCAAGCGCUGUAUGGAAUGCAGACGCAGAACUACCCCAAAGGCGGCCUCCUGGAUGGCCUGUGUCCAGCAUCCUCAGCGCCCAGCACGCUCGGUCCCGAGCAGGACUUCCAGAUGUUUCCCAAGGCCCGACUCAGCACCGUCAGCGUCAACUACUGCUCCAUCAGCCAGGACUUCCCGGCCGCCACCUUGAAUCUGCUCUCCAGCAGUUCUGGGAAGCCCGGAGACCACGACUCCGCCGAGACAGGCGCCGACAGCUUCGAGAGCUCGGAGUCGCUGCUGCAGUCCUGGAACAGCCAGUCGUCCCUGCUGGACGUGCAGCGGGUACCGUCCUUCGAGAGCUUCGAGGACGACUGCAGCCAGUCCCUGGGCCUCAGCAAGCCGACCAUGUCCUUCAAGGACUACAUCCAGGAGAGGAGCGACCCGGUGGAGCAAGGCAAACCAGUUAUACCUGCGGCCGUGCUGGCCGGCUUCACAGGAAGCGGACCUAUCCAGUUGUGGCAGUUUCUUCUAGAAUUGCUGUCCGACAAAUCCUGUCAGUCUUUCAUCAGCUGGACGGGGGACGGAUGGGAGUUUAAGCUUGCUGACCCCGAUGAGGUGGCCCGCCGGUGGGGAAAGCGGAAAAACAAGCCCAAGAUGAACUACGAGAAGCUGAGCCGGGGUUUACGCUAUUAUUACGACAAGAACAUCAUCCACAAGACGUCGGGGAAGCGCUACGUGUACCGCUUCGUGUGCGACCUCCAGAACUUGCUGGGCUUCACGCCCGAGGAGCUGCACGCCAUCCUGGGCGUCCAGCUGGACACGGAGGACUGAAGCCGCCCGGGGCCGGAACUGGGGCCAUGGGGACGCAUCCAAGGACCCUGAGAGGCAGGAUCAACGCAUCUGGGAACGUCUCCAAGAAGCAGCGGCCUUAUUUCAUCUGGUACCGCGGUUCUCUGCCGAAAGCAGCACAGUUUCUCGCUUCUAACUCCUGCUGCCAGGAACACGCAACUUAAGAUGCUGUUACAUUAGAAUGGCCCAGAAGAAGCACCAGGCAGCCGUCCUGGCUCUGGGAGGGCUGUGUCGUGACAGGAUCGUUCGGGCUGUUGGGUCUUCUCAAAGGAGCGAGCAUCUUGUGGACACACACUUUUGGAUUUUCUUUUGCCUUUUGCAACCGGGAAACGCCAAUGCCAAAGAGGUCUCUGGUUCAGAGGGGGAAGAGAGUGCAAGGAAACAAUCAUGCCAUUUCAGAAGUUAGUUUGUAUAUAUGACUGUAAUCUUAUAAUUGUUAUCAAAAUCCCCUAACAGACCUAUUUAACAGAAAUUGUAUAUUGUAAUUUAAAAUAAUUAUAUAACUAUAUGUGAAAUGAGAAUGCAGACGGCAUUUUGCAAUGUAUUCCAGUUGUCAAGAGCACAGGUGGCAUUUUGCAAACAUUUAAUCUGCCAGGACAGACUAAGAGAAGUUGUAAAGUGUGUAUUAUUUACAUUUAAUAUACCUACAGGAAUGAGGUCUAAGAGGGUUAAUUCCUGUUUUUUUUUUGUUUUGUUUUGUCUGGGUUAUCUAUGGCAAGGACUUUGUACAUUUGGGGAUUUUUAUAAGAAACUUAAUGUUAUUAUCUGGGGGCCCAUCUGGCCUCUCUGCUUCUCCUUUAAUUGUAAUGUAAAAGCUAUAAAGCAGUAUUUUUCUUGAUAAAUGGCAUAUGUUUUCCAUUUCUAUGCAUGCCUUUAAAUCAGUUUAUAUACAAAACUUAUUUUUGAGUUCAACUGUUUUUCCCCCAACAACGAACCUCCCCUUGACCAGCCAUUUCCUUCCCGUGCCCCAAAUUAUGCUGUUUGAUUAAAAUAAGAAUACUAUUUUUGGAAAUAUGCGACUCCUUUUCAGAGAUCAGGAGGGAUUUAUGUAGCAGCUAUUUUUACUGCAAAAGUAAUUCACUGGAAAAAAAUGUAAUUUGUAAAGAAAGUUUUAUUUUUACCUCAGCUCCACGUACAGUUGACGUACAGAGCUGAAGGUGCAGGGGGAGGGGAAGCUUUAUUAAACCUCUUGAACGUGAGUAAAGCCUGAUUUUCCCCAUCUUCUUUACCUGUCGAGUCUCAGGCUUUCUGGAUACCAAGCUGCUCCUUUCUGCUUAGUGUCCACAGUUUUAUUUUCUUGGACGCAGAAUGCCCAGAGGCAAAGAGAGGACCAACAAGAUGGGAAAGAGAAGGGAUUGGGGUUGUUCCUGUGAAGAAAACAUCUUGAUCGUGAUGGAGACUUUAGUAGUUGUUUCAAAGGAAUCCCUGGUUCAGCCUGUGCCUCCUGCCUUUUGUAAAUGAUCAAGUCAAGUCGGUUUCAAGGUUGGACAGCCCUCACUAGCAGCAUGAGGAGGUACUAGGACCAUCGGUGACAUCUCUAAAGAAGAAUCAUCCGUGCGAUGAGACCAGGGGCUUGGGUGGUAGGGCGAGCGGGGCAGAGCAGAGCUGGAAGGGGCACCACACAGUCUCAGAACCCACACAAGACUGUAUUCCAGUAUCACUACGCACAAGGUGUUUAUCUCUCAGACAUCUGUUUAUAACAUCAACAGACAUGGGACUGGGAACAUCUUGCUGCCAAAAAGAAAUCUUAGCUAUUGGCUUAUUUUAUAUGGGGUUUGACCACGUGAAAUUGCCAAUGUGUGUGUGUUUCAUCUACGAAGUUGGCAGUUUUAUGUGGCUUAACCCAAUUGUUAUGGAAAAUCAAAUCCAUGGUAAACCUUUGGCGUGGUAAUGAACAGGACUUGAGUAUAAAAGUUUUGUAAUUCGGCCUUUUCUUUCUCAAAUAAUAAAGUAUUUUGUUUAUAUAAA